AUGGCCAAUCUUACCGUCCCCGACAUCCCUGAACCCCAGGCCGGGAGUGAACCCCAGGCCCUAGCCACCACCACCUCCCAUUCCCCCUCCCACUCGUCCCUCCAAGUCGAAACCCAAUCCGAGACCCCAGGCAACGAAAACGAAACCUCCGCCUUGCACGGGAAAGAGCGCAAGCGCACGCGCCUCGUCAGGGGUCUCAAGAAAGUCGGCAAGAAGCUCUACAAGCCCGCGCGCCCGGUCCUGAUUGCCCUUGCGGCUGUGGGCGGGUGUAUUCUCGGCGCAGCCGCCAUCCCGGUUGUGCUCGCGGCGGAAAUCGUCUUUAGUGUUUUGGUUAUCGUGGGCAAGAUCCUUGCGCCGCUUGUGAUGGUUCCGUAUGCGGUUUUGAAGAUUUUUUUUGGAUGA